AUGUGCGGCCAACUACUGCGCACACCUAGUGGCAGAAAUUCGUGUGUGCUACUACUAAGACGGGAGAUUCAAAGUGUUCAAACGGAGUCAGACACAACAUCACCCAAUGAAGCUGAACUCAAUUCUGCUACUGAAAUAUCCACAGACUCAGAGUUUGAAAACGAUGAAGUUAUUCGAGAAGCACCAAAAAUUCUUAUAGAUGAUACACACAUAAAAAAACCAACAAAAGUGAAGAUAAAAUCAGCUGUAAUAACUACUUCAACAAGCAAUAAACACAAUAUAAGAGAAGGUAGCUAUUUAGCAAAAUAUCAAACACAACAUCAACCGCCACAGCCACAAUUUAAGCCCCUAGUUCAAGUAGAUCCAACACUUCUAAAUAGUAAUCGUGCACCAUUACAAAACCCCCGUCCAGGUGAUUAUUUACUUAAUAAAACUGCCAGUACUGAAGGUAUUGCAUCCAAAAAGAGCUUAGAACUGAAGAAGCGUUAUUUACUUGGCGAGGCAGUAAGUGGUAAUAAAAUACAAAAGUCAGGUUCGACCUCAGUACUAGAUUCAAAAAUACGUAGUUUCCAAUCAAAUAUAUCUGAAUGCCAAAAACUACUAAAUCCUAGCAGUGAUGUAAGUCCAAGCAUGAAGACAUUUUUAGACCGGACGAAAUUGGGAGAAAAUAAUAAAAAUGAAAUAUUACGUUCAGCUACUAGUAACAUUUUGAAUGAGCUUCGUGUAGCGAUUACUAUACAAAAAGCCUCUUCCACCACCUCUACAGACAACGAAAAGGAAAAUGUUUACGUUAAUAGCAAAAAUGAGCUCAACAAAGGUAUGGAGUAUUCAGAAAGUAUAAACUCAACACUGCUUGAAUCAAUAAACAAAAAAACCCCAACAACACCAACAGUUAAUACUCAAACAAUAAUUGAAACAAUUGAUUUGGUUACCCCAGAAAAAGAAAUAAAAGCAAUUAUCGAUUUAACCGCAAUUGAAUCGCCCAAAAAGAUUAAUAAAGAACUUGCUGAUAUUAAAUCGGUUUCACAAAAUGGAAAUAUUAUCCCUGUGCUCACUGCCACUGACACCAAUAAAAUUAUUGAUUUAACCGUUAGUUCGCCAGAGAAAUGUGAUAAUAUAAUUAUAGCAGAUGCAAAACCCGAUAUAUCAAAAGAUGUAAAAGAACACAUACCCGAUUUAUUAGGUCACAUAGAACACGAAGUUAAUGCUGAUAAACAGUUUAAGCGAAUUUCCAACGCAAUUGCUGAAGAUCAACAAAAUUUGCUGAAUAAUUCAGACGAUGAAGAAAAGCGAGAUUCACCAGAGAAACAAGAAGAACACUAUGAAAACGAUACCUUACAAAUUGAAGUACCUACUAUACCCUGGCAUACUCGUAAAAAUCUGCUCUCCUCCACUACUGCUUCUAGUUGCACUUCAAACUCAUCUAGCUUAGAAGAUAUUCAACAUUAUAUAUUGGAAUCUACAACUAGUCCAGAUACGCAAACUGGUAGUCAUCAAGUGCCACGAGUUGAAAUUCAUGAUGUAACCGGAACACUUAUGCAAACUGAUAAUUUAAUGUUAGCUGAUAAUAAAUAUGAAGAUGACAGUUUAAAUUGUAAAUACACAAAUAACAGUGAAAGUAUUAUAGUGCCAGAGAUACCUGCAGUAAAAACUACCGUUGUGGAAGAUGAUGCAGAACUAGAUGUAGAACCUGUUACUGCUACACCUGAACCAGCUGAGUGUACUAUUAUAGAAGCAAAAGAACAAGCACCGCCUUUACCAGAACAAGGUCCACCAUUACCUGAAAAGGGACCACCCAAAAUAAAACCAGCAAACCUAAAAUUUGAUACCAAAAAUGAAAAUAAAGUUGAAAGUUUGAAAAAUUUACCUCUGGUUGUUGAGCAAUUUGCAGAGCACACGAAAGUCAUCAAACCACUUACAUUGAACCUAAGUAAAAGUCAAAAAACGCCCACCACACCAACUGCUAAUCUCUGUACGCCUACUUCUCCUUUAAUAGAUAAUGAUAAAACUCCUACGGCAGACUUGUUAUCAAAAGGUUCCGAUUCGGAAACAGAACCGACUGGUACGGGCCAUGCGCUAACUGAAACGGAGUUGUCUGAUUGGACAGCAGAUGAUUGCAUAUCUGAGAACUUUAUUGAUAUGGAAUUCGUGUUAAAUUCAAAUAAAGGUACAAUUAAACGUAACAAAAAAGGCAAAAGAAAAUCAAAUACGACUAAAUUGCCAACAACAAGUGAAGUUAUGUUUGAAGUAGCUAAAACAGCACCUGUUGCUGAAUUUGAGGGUAUACUCAAGUCUAUCGAUAUUGAUGAUAUUGAAUUCAUGGACACAGGUUCGGAGGGUUCAUGCGCGGAAGCUUAUUCAGCUACAAACACAGCACUUUUACGCAAUCGUGGGUAUAUUGAAUUUAUUGAAACUACUCCGCAACAAACACCAAGUCACAAACUCAACAGUUAUUCACAACAGUUAAAUAGUGAUAAAUAUGGUGCAAUCACAACGAAACGUGAUGAAAAGCUUGGUAUUGAUUACAUUGAGCAAGGCGCUUAUAUAAUGCAAACUGAGGAUAACUCUCAAGAUAUGCUUAAGACUCCAGUUAAUGAACAUCCAUCGCAACAAAUAGCUACAAUAUUAAAUGAUAAGGCAUUAACUCAAUCUGUUUCUAUUAUGACACAAUCUUUAACUGACUCAAGUACAUUGAAUGAUCUUGACGAUGACAGUCUUUGUAUAGUUACUCCUAACUCUCAAGCACAACUUUCAUCUGUGACAGCGAAAACAACAACAGAGGAAAGUGAUGCACUCACUGUCGUUACUAGUCCUAUUGAUUCUUCUUCUCCAAAAAUGCAUGAACCAACAGCUGCGCAACGUAUAGCAGGCAAGAGUCCGGAAACUGGUGGAGGUUCAACACCAAGCAGUUCUGAAAAACAACCUAAGACAUCACAAUCAACUUGCACACCCUCUAGCACAUCGAACACAAUGUCAAGUAAACCUACGCCAUCACGACAAUCAUCACAAGAAAACUCCGCACUAGUUCACAGUAAUGGUUCAGCUGCGGGUGCGAAAAAUGCACAAAAUAAACUUUCGGAUGAACUUUCCUAUGAAUAUGUGCGUGCACUACAACAAAAAAUUACACAAAUUAGUACAGCAAGAGAUUCGUUAGAAUCUCGAAAACAACGAAGAAAAAGUUCCAAAGGUGAAGCACCUGUCCUAGCAAUUUCUAAAAAUUCGCAACAAACUGUGAUAGAACCGACACCGCCAAACAGACUACAACAAAAUUUAGACGAUUCUCAGACUACAACAAUGACAACACCUGCAAUCGGCACAACACAUGUAAACAGGGUACCUGAAAUACCAACAUUAACACGAAAGCUGGAGGAAAUAACCAAAGAACGCACUAAACAAAAGGACCUGAUACAUGACUUAGUCAUGGAUAAACUACAGUCGAAAAAACAAUUAAAUGCUGAGAAACGUUUACAUCGCAGUCGUCAGCGCAAUAUGCUCACAAGCGGCUAUGGCAGCGGAUCAAGUUUAAGUCCUACACCGAAAAUAGAAGCAGCAAAAUCGACAGAUGACAACAAUUGCACAAACAAAGCGCAUUACCAUGUAUCAACGGCAGCAAGUAAUGCAGAUAAUCGCACAAACUCUCAGCGCAUACUUACCGCGACUAGCACUGCCUUCAAAGAAAAUACUCCUAUACAAACCUCAGCAACAUAUGUUUCGGCAUACAACACUGGUGGUAUUAUGACUACUAAUCGAUCAAAUGCCUAUAAACAAAGACCUAUUAGUGAGCACAUACAUGGAGAAAAAUUAGAUGCCUUAGAACGGUAUAAGCUGAAUAAAACACCUUCAUUUACAUAUAGCAGCAGCAACAAUAAGCAUAACACCACAGAACUAUCAACAGCUGAAGAUAUUAAAUAUCCUAUACCAAUUGCACCGGUUAGACAAAAUCGUGGACGCAAUGCAGCAGUCACAACACCAACUGUUGAAAAUCCAUUAACAACAUCAACAGAAAAUCUGCGUAGUGAAGCUCGUGCUCGAGCUCGACUAAAAUCAAACACUGAGCUAGGUUUGAGUCCUGAAGAGAAAAUGCAAUUAUUACGUAAACGUUUACAAGUGGAACACUUAAAUGUUAAGCAAAAUUCGGUAACAGCUGUAACUGACAGUGUAAGCAAUUCAACGGACUCUAAAACUGGCAAUCAAAUGCAUACAAAACCAAAGGCAAACGUAGAACACGAUCUAAGUGCACGUGAUCGUAAAAUGAGUACAUCGAAAAGUGUAAAUGAUUUAGUCUUUAUAGCUAAUCAUCAACAGAAUGCCAGAACAGAAGAUCAUUUAACUGCAACAGUAGCGACUUCAGCAGAUUUCACUUCGGAUCCGAAUAUAUUGCUCUCCUCUACGAGUGCACAAGCUAACACAAAAACAAAAUCAAGUAGGCGUCCAAAAGAUCCAGAACGAAGAAAAAGUCUUAUACAAUCGUUGUCUAGUUUCUUCCAUAAGAGUUCUUCGUCCUCCUCCAGUCACAAUAAUAAAGAUAAGAAAGAACAAAAUAAUACUACUGCUAGUGCGACCAACUCUGCACCGGCAGAGCGUCCAAAUACUAGCGGCAGCAGCACUACUGCGUCUGGUAGUACCGAUGGUAUGUUCAGUCGUUUCCGCAUUUCACCCAAAUCAAAGGAAAAAUCUAGGUCAUUUUCCGAUGUCAGGAUUUUGGGUUUUGGUGAUAAGGACGGAUUUAUAAGGAAUACUGUGCCAACAACAACUUCAUUAUCAACAAGAACUACACCAACAAAAACCAUUGCAACGAAGUUGCCACAUGAACGCAGUAACUCACAAGAAUGCAUCCAUCAUAAGGCAACAACAUACACCCGAAACAAUCAUAGCCACCAAAACAGUAACAGUAACAAUAACAUUAACAACAAACACAACAAGAAACUGUCACCAAGUGCAACGUUUUCAUCAUCCAGUCCGCAGUUAUACUUUGCAAAUAAUAAAUUAAAUUGUGCAUCAUCAAUUCAUCAAAACGCCGAAGAUCAAAUACCGCCUCCGAUUCCGCCGCUACCACUUCACUACCAGAGAUCAGAUGAUGAGAGCUACGCUACCGAGACGCGAGAGCAUAAAAAGCAACGUGCCAUAUCUAAGGCUGUACGACAAGCUGAACUUAAGCGAUUAAGAAUCGCUCAAGAAAUUCAGCGAGAACAGGAAGAAAUUGAAGUACAGCUAAAAGAACUGGAAGCACGUGGAGUACUCAUUGAGAAGGCUCUACGUGGCGAAGAACAACAAAAUUUAGAAAAUUUGGAAGCUUCAAAUAACAUUGGCAAUAGUGAUGAAAAAUUAUUAAAAGAAUUACUAGAAAUAUGGCGAAAUGUUACUCAAUUAAAACGUCGUGACGAAGAACUUGGAAUAAGACAACAAGAACUACAACUGGAACAUAGACAUGCACAAUUGAAAGAGGAACUUAAUUCGCGUUUAUCAAAUUGCAAAUUGGAUAAGAGUUCUGCAGACGUGGCUGCUGAAGGAGCAAUACUGAAUGAAAUGUUGGAAAUUGUUGCGAAACGUGCUGCACUACGUCCGACAACGUCAGCCACAGAGUCACCAGCAACAGAUAUGCUACCCACCACAUCAAAAGCUGUAGAAUGUGGAAUUCCAGGCGGUACAACAACCGAGAACGUAGCGGUUAAUAUACGAGGACAAUCGCGUGAUAAUGAUGAAUCAAUUAUUUGAAAAUCAUAUAACAGGCUUACAUGGGUCCAUUUGCCUAUUCAAUUAUGUUUGCAAUAUUAAUUUGAAAAAAAAAAAUUAUUAAUAAAAGUAAUAUUUUUAUGAAAAAAUUAUAUAGCGCGGCAU